AGCUGACUACUGUCCCCUUCUUCUUUCCUCCAAUGGAGCUGCUGUUUCCUAGCUCUAAUUGACUCUAAUAUACCAAACAAUUAUUUGCCAAUGGUCUGUAUUUGUUACAAUUGUUCGUUAUUGAAUGCAAAUUGCAUGUUGCUUUCAGAAUGUCAUCUGUUACAAUCUGACGUAAAAAGAGGAUACUAUUUUAAACCUUUUUUCUCAUCAUCGUGGGGGGCGAAAAAGAGGGGAUUUGUUUUUUUAUCGGAUGAUAUAAAAACUUCAGCAUUCUUGCAAUCUGCUGUCGCGAUUGUGUAGCCAGCAGACUAAUCUUCAAAGUUUCUAGAACACUUUACAUUUAUAAGUUUUCGAAAUUGUGCGUGUGUGUGUGUGUGCGUGUGUGCAUUGUGAUAUGAAUUAUUGAAAUAUCAAAAAUAUUAUUAAUAAAAUACAGUCAAAUAUACGACAAUCACUAUGCCUUAUAUCGAGGCGGUCGAUUGCGAGUCCGAAGCGAACUCGGAUUCUAAUCUACAGUUGACCGAACUUUCGGAAGAUUAUGUGAUCAAAUCGAAAAUCGCGUGUUCGAUCUGGUUAGAGAAGAAAAACGAUCGAUCGACCAGAAUGUUGGCUCGCUUUCUUAGCGAAUACAGCUUUAUUCAUGACAGCCACUAUAUGUACACUCGAGAUCAAGAUCAAGCAACAAACGCCGAAGACGUCCUGUUUGAUAUGUUUAAGAAUGAGGAAACUGGUCUUGUAUCAGUGGGCAAGUUUUUAGCUGCUUUAAGAACGACUGGUUUGCGGAAAAACGAUCCUCGACUCCAGGAGCUGUCGGACAAUCUGAAGAAGGAACAUGCGAAGUCUGGCGGUCACGAGGGUAUAUCACACGAAACGCAGAAAUUGAACAGAGAACAAUUCAGGAGAAUCAUAAAUCCUAAUAUUGUUCUGAUCUCGCGAGCAUUUAGACAUCAGUUUAUAAUUCCUGACUGGUUAGGAUUCACGAAACACAUCGAGGAUUUUUACUGGAAAUGUAAAACAAACACAGAAGGCAAAGUCGCGUCGUAUAUACCGCAAUUAGCUAGAAUGAAUCCGGAAUAUUGGGGCGUUUCCGUAUGCACUAUUGACGGACAACGAUUUAAUAUUGGUGAUACCUCGAUGCCGUUCACUCUCCAAAGUUGCAGCAAACCUUUGACCUAUGCGAUAGCUUUGGACAGACUUGGUCAGGAAGUGGUGCAUCAAUAUGUGGGUCAAGAACCGUCCGGAAGAAAUUUCAAUGAACUCAUACUCGAUCACAAUAAGAAACCACACAAUCCAAUGAUAAAUGCUGGCGCGAUAUUGGUAUGUUCGCUGCUGAAAGAGUUAAUUAAGCCGGAAAUGGGUCUGGCGGAAAAAUUUGACUUCACGAUGGAUUACUUCAAGAGAUUAGCGGGUGAAGAGAAUCUUGGUUUCAACAAUGCUGUUUUCCUGUCCGAACGAGAAGCGGCAGAUCGAAAUUACGCUUUAGGAUUUUAUAUGAGAGAGCACGGAUGUUACCCGGAGAAGACGAACUUGCGUGAGGUUAUGGAUUUCUAUUUUCAGUGCUGUUCUAUGGAAGCAAACUGCGAAACAAUGGCGGUAAUGGCAGCCACGCUGGCAAACGGUGGUAUAUGUCCGACUACCGAAGAGAAGGUGUUAAAACCGGAAAGUGUUCGGGACGUAUUGAGUCUUAUGCACAGUUGCGGCAUGUACGACUACAGCGGUCAAUUUGCCUUCAAGGUUGGCAUACCAGCGAAAUCUGGCGUGUCGGGUAGCCUUUUAGUGGUAAUUCCCAACGUCAUGGGUAUUUGCACUUGGUCACCGCCCUUGGACCCACUUGGCAACUCUUGUCGCGGCGUGCAGUUUUGCGAAGAACUUGUUAGCGAAUUUAACUUUCACAGAUAUGAUAAUUUAAAGCACGCGUCGAACAAAAGGGAUCCUAGACGACACAAAUACGAGACGAAAGGUCUCUCAAUCGUCAAUUUGUUGUUCAGCGCUGCCAGUGGUGACGUCACAGCUAUGAGAAGACACCGACUGAGCGGAAUGGAUAUGACUCUGUCCGAUUACGACGGCAGAACCGCUCUGCACUUGGCCGCCAGCGAAGGCCAUUUGGAUUGCGUCGAGUUUCUCAUUGAACAUUGCGGAGUCCCGCAUGAACCUAAGGACAGAUGGGGAAAACGACCAGUCGACGAAGCCGAGACUUUCGGUCACAUGCAGGUGGUGGAAUAUUUAAAUAACUACGCUCUCGCUCAUAAAACCGAACUGGAAAAUAAGCAGAACGAGUGUAUCGAUGACAACGACUCUUGUCGCAAGCAACCGGAAACGGCGGUGCAAUCACCAUUACCGUAAACAAUAAGUGACGACGUCUUUAAGACCGACUUUAGAAUAUCAAGAAUGUAUGUGUGUGCAUGUGUGACGAGAACGAAAAAGAUGCGAAUUUGAUCAAUUUAUCGAUCUGAAGAAGAAGCAAAUAACGUAUCGAAUGUGUAAUAAUUGCAAGACAAAGUCGGAAAAGUAUUAUGAUGUAAUAUUAUUUUUGUAAAAUUAUUUGCAAACUAUUUUGCAUUCGCUGGUUUUUUAUGCCAAUUUUAUAUGAGAUUUUAAGUUAAAAAAAGACAAUAAUACAAAGCAAUAAUUUUUGUUAAUGUGAUUUUUACGAUAUAUGUGACCUCCAUGUAUUUACACGUGAUGUAUAUUUUCUUGAUAUAUGAGUAGCGCGUGUGUGAGUGUGUUUGAGCACACACUCACAUAUAGCUUAACUGUGAUUAAGAUAUGCAGUAUGUUUUUACACAUGCCAUUUUCUUACCAUAAUUUAAUGCAAAACCGAAGCAACAGCAAAAGCUUGGUUGUUCAAUUUAAUUUUUCGUUCGACAAAAUUGAUGCUUAUUAUUCUCUUUCAACCUUCUUUUAAUUGUAUAAAUAUAGCAAUUUGCUUUAAUGUGUGUAUAUAAUGACGCAUAAAGUACACGAAUAACGAGCCGACCGGAAAAUACAGAUGUUAUCUCGUGAAAAUUCUUCGUAACAAAUCGCAUAUUAAACAUAUCUCUCUUCAAUUCUCUGGAGAUAGUACAGAUAGUAUAUCCGUCUAACAAUUAGCUGUGUAUGUAUAUUAUGCUAAUAAUAAGAACUGUUUCUUCAAACUAGAAACAUUUAUUGUACUUGAGCAAAACACAUCUGUGGAAUGUUAUUUUCAAUAUAAUGUACACACAUAAUGCACAUUGUAUACAUGUUAUCUCACUUAAUGUUUGAAACAACUUUGUAUUUAUCUUUCUCAUUUAUUAUUCGUUGUUAGAACAAGUGUAUGCUUUUGAGUCUUUAAUUUUUACUUCUGUGAAAAAUUUCAAACAUUGAUAUGAGAGAUAGAAAAUGCUGUUACAAAAUAUAUCUUUCUAAUAUCCAUGCAUUAUAUUAU